AUGGACGUACAAGUGUCAAUGCCUCCUCCACCUCCUCCGCCACCACCGCCACCACCACCAUUUUUUGCCGAAACAGUAACUUCACAACUAACAGUACCACCACCUCCUCCACCUCCACCUUUUCCACAGUCAACUAUAACGACGACUACAGCAGUAGCACCACCAUCAACAACAGCAAGUGUAGCUGGUCCCUCUACUCAAGAGCGUAUCUGGUUGCAUCCAUGGACAGCAGCAGAAAUGCGUCAAAAUGCAUCACAGUGGUCAUUAGCUGGUGAUGCUGGUUUACUACUUUAUUUGGAAAAUUUUUCGGAUAAAUUAGUUCAACGAGCUGAUGCUAUUCAACAACAUUUAAGUCAAACAGUAAAUGCUGUUAAAAGCACACAUACACGUGUUCAAAAUUGUCUUAAUGAAUUUACAUCUCUAGCAAAUACACAAUUUAUUGAAAACCGUGUCUAUGAUGAAGAUGAAACAGCAAAUGUAACACCAUCUAAAAAAGAUGAACCAUCAACGGACAAAGCAAAUGUUAAUAAUAUUGAAGCACAAGAAAAAGUCUUACAACGUUAUGUUGAAGCUGUUCAAUAUGGUUUAGCAAUACUUGAAACACAUUUUGAACGUGUUGAUACUAAAUUAGAUGUUGCUCAAAAUGGUAGUUCAUCAUAUGUUGAUGAUGAAGAAGAUGAAGGAGUACCAAUUGAACCUAUACUUGAACCAAAAGAUCCUUACAUAUAUCGACCAUUACCGUUUCUUAUUGGUAGUUCUGAAUUUAUGCAAGAUGAUUAUAUUGGUUUAGGUGAUUUAUUAAAUCCAACAGAUGAAGAAGAACUUAUUGGUGCAGAAAUUAGAAAAGUUGAUCCGUAUUCUUCGCUAUCAAGUUCUGAUGUCGAAGACGAAAACAAAGACGACCCCGAUUUUACAGCUUAUCCGUCUUCUGUGCCAAUCGUUCCAGCUGGUACUAGUCGUCCAGAUGCCGCCAAUCAACUACGACAACCAACAACUGUAUUAACUGAUACUGAUGAUGACGAUGAUCCAUUUAAAAUAGCUAGUAAUCGACCAUUCGAUGAUUUCGCUUCAUCAAAACCAGUUGCUAAUGAUAAUUCUGAUAAAAAACAAACCAUUCCUCCAAAAUCGAAUCAACCAAAUUUUGGUUCAGGAUCAGAUGAUGAUGAUGAAGAUGAUGAUCCACUUUUUAAUCCAGUUAAGAAACCACCGCAGAUCAGCAAAAAUCGUAAUGAUGAUAUUUUUGAUAAACAGUCUUUAACCUCGAAAGAAUCUGAUGAAUCUGAAGAACCAAAACAAGAAACAGAUACACCAGCACCUGUCAGUGAAAAAAAAGUUAUGACUGCACUUGAAGAAGCUGUUCAACGACGAUGGGAAAAAAUGCAAAAACUUGAAUCACAACAAGGCAAUGAAGAAAGUGAUGUGAAAAUUCCAACAAAAACAUCAAAUGAAACUAUUUCUCCACUUGGUAAUAAAACAACAAUAAAACCUACACCAGAACUAUUAUCAUCAACUACCAUUUCUAGUCUUGUUCCAAAACAAAUAAUAACAGCAGAAAAGAAUCCUCCUUCAUCAAUAUUUGGUCAACAUGCUACACCAGACGAUGAUACUGAUGACGAUGAUUUUUUCAAAGAUGCACCAAAACUACCACCAGUAACAAGUGUUCUACCAGCACUAAUUCCUAAAAUUGAAACAAAACCAUCACCAUCACUAACUACAGUAGGAAAAAAAAGUACUACGUUUGAUUUUGAUUCGGAUAAUGAUGAGGAUGAUGAUCCAUUUCGACCGAAAAAGAAAGAUAUUUCAUCGACAAUACAAAAGAAAUCAAACAAUUCAGAUUUAAAACCUCCAACAACAGUCAUAAAUAAAACAAAACCAAUUAUUCCAGAUGAUGAAAGUGACGAUGAUUUAUUUCCGACUUCAAAACCCAAUAAACCACAACUUCCACCAGCAAAAAUACAAACAUCGGAUGAUGACGAUUUUUCAUUUACUUCAAAACCGUCAAUACAAAAACCACCUACUGUAUCUACUAUUUCUUCUCCUGCUCCUGUAAUUCCUCAAGUAGUUACAAAACCUAUAUCUGCAGUUGAAGAAGAUAGUGAUGAUGAGUUAUUUCCGACUUCAAAACCUAGCAAACCACAACUUCCACCAGCAAAAAUACAAAUAUCCGAUGAUGAAGACUUUUUAGUUACUCCUAAACCGUCAAUACAAAAAACACCUACUGUACCUACUAUUUCUUCUCCUGCUCCUGUAAUUCCUCAAAUAGUUACAAAGCCUAUACCUGCAGUUGAAGAAGACAGUGAUGAUGAAAUAUUUGGUAUAUCAAAAUCAACAUCGAAAGCACCACCAACCGUAAUACAGAAUAUUGUUACACCUGUUAAACCUAAAGAUGAUGUAUUUGGUAUAUCAACCACUGAAUCCAAUAAAAAAAGAACAGAAAUACCAAAAAUUCCUUCACCUACGAAAUCUAGUGAUGAUGAUGAAUUGUUUGGUGGACCAACAACCAAACAUAAAAUACCAUCAGCACAACUUCCUAAUGCAACAUCAGCCAAAUCUAACAAGGAUGAUGAACUAUUCCCUGUUAAGCCAACUCAUGUUGAAUUACCACCACCUGUUAGUUUAAUUCCGUUGCCUCAGCCACCACCUGUGACAACUAUUGUUGAUGAAGAUCCUUUAUUUGCAAUUUCAAAGCCUAUUGAAACUAUAUCAUCAUCACGACCAACUGCCGAAUCAAUUAAAAUACUAUCAGGUACAGGUGUUCAAUCAGAAAAGAAAACAUUUUCUGACAGUGAAGAUGAAGCACCAUUGCCAAAACGACAAUUGAAUACUGCAGCAUUAAAAGAAGGUGAAAAACCAAAUGUUAAAGGUCUUGCAGGACUUUUAAAUAUCAAUCCGACUGCUCAUAAACCAGGUGCACGUCCAAAACCAUCGUCAACUACUGAACAAUCGCCGAAGGCAUCUGUGAAUGAUGAACAACCUCCAGUAUCUGUUGUAAAAAAACCACUUAAAGAUGAUUCCGAUAGUGAUGAUGAUUUAUUUCCUACCAAGAAAACAGUACCGUCAGCGGUUCCAGUCGUUGAACAAAAAGAAAAGACUCGUGAUAUAAAAGAAAACGGAGGACUUAGUAGUGUGAAGGCUCUCGCGGCUGGUCUAAAAAUAAAUCCAAUGAUGCAGAUGGCAGGUGCUCAACCGAAACCAACUUCUAAGCAAGGAGAGGAAUCAGAUUUUACUACGCCUACAACUUCAACUGAUGUAUCAAAAGAAGAAUCAACAGCUGAUAAAACUGUUUCAGAUAUGCUUAAAGAUCGACCUAAACGACCUGUCGGAACUCGAACAUUACCAAGUAGAAAACCACGUUCAACUGGAGCUGCAGCAAUUACCAUUUCUACAAAUGAAAAUGAUGAUCUUUUUGCUUUGUCUAGUUCGACUAACACUGCUGCAUCGUCAUCAUCUUCUCCUCCACCUCCUCCUCCUACUACUACUACCGUUCCAAUAAUUCCUCCUACAAUGCCUGUAACAGGUUUGCCAGAUAAUAUUGCUACUAUUGCUGCUAAAUCUAAUAAACAUAAUAAUUCGAAAGAAAAGAAAAAUAUUUCGCUAUUUGAUUCUGAUGAUUCUGAUAUUGAUGAAUUGCUCUUUGGCUCCAGCAAGAAGAACAAAUCUACCACGGUAACAAAACCAACAACUACAUCAUCAACAACUUCGAAAGUAACUACGAAAUCUUCUAUAUUAUCAUUAGAUGAUGAUGAUGAUUUUUUAUCAAAACGACCAACCAAAAAAAAUACAAAACCAGUUGAUAAUGAUGAUAUAUUUGCUGAUGUCAACAAUAAAUCCCAACCGGGAAAUAAAGCUAAAAAAGAUUGGUCUAUUAUGAAUAAAUCAGGAACAAAUGAUACAGAUGAUAUUUUUAAUGACCUAAAAUCAAAGUCUUCCAAUACUUCAAAACCAAAAUCAACAAAUGUUAAUAAUAAACCAGCCAAGGAUUUAGAUGAUAUAUUUGAUGAUCCACUUAAUGUCACGUCUAAACGAUAA